AUGUCAAGCUCAUCAGAUGAUACAUCCAUUGUGGUCUUGGUAACCCGACAUCAAGACAAACUCACCCGGCUAUUCGAGCAAACUAAUAUCGAUUGGCCUGUUGUUGAGAAGCAGCUUCUGGAUUGGGGCGAUCUUUUCCUUGCUGGCAAGAGAAUGAAGCUCAUCAUCUCGUUCAACUACAUAGAGGACAGCCAAACUCUAGCGGCUAGCCGUAAGGCAACCGAUAAACGAGGUCCUUCCUCGGCUACACAGGGCAUGCUCCAAGAUUGUGAACGAGAAAUUGACGCAGAGGAGGAAGCAACCGGGGAACCUGUGGCCUGGAAACAGGUGGAUGAGCUUGUAAGCUUGGUCAAGUAUGUCCAGAGUGGGAAGACAUUAAAGUCUCAUGAAGACGUCCCGGGUAUGAUCCGCGAACAGAUCUACAGGGCAGAGAGGCGACGUCAUGAAGGACAAAAGGGCCAUAGUCGACCAUCUUCUGAGUCCACAUACCCACCGAUUAACAUCACAAAUGUCAUCCCAGCACAAAGCUCGCAAUACGACAUGUCAUCCACAUCACCGUCUAAGAAUCUCAAUCAAUCAGCAAACACACCACGGCUAGGCAUCACUGGCGCUCGUGAUGCAGCCGUUCAGGCGUAA